AUGGGGAAGACUUUGAUCGUGGUGAUUAAUGUCCUGGACAGCAGCAACUCCGUGCAAAGCAUCCAAAAGACCACAUCCACAGGACAGUGGGCGGCAAAUUUUUAUUCUGCAUGUGCCAUUCAGGUAUGCUGCUUCAUCACAUUUGCAGUUUGUGAAUUUUAUUUGCUAUCAGUCAUGGCAUAUGAUCGGUAUGUUGCCAUCUGCAACCCUUUACUUUAUGUCAUUCUAAUGCCCAGGAAAGUCUGUAUUCGAAUGAUUGCUAGCAUAUACGUUUACGGAUUCACUGUGGGUCUUGUACAGACAGUGGCGACAUUUCGAUUAUCUUUUUGUAACUCCAACAGGGUCAACCAUUUCUACUGUGAUGAUGUUCCUUUAGUUGCUAUGGCCUGUUUUGACACUCACGUCAAAGAACUGAUGCUUUUAAUCAUCGCUGGGUUCAAUAUCCUUUGCUCUCUAGUGAUUGUGGUAAUUUCUUAUGUCUUCAUCUUCUUUGCCAUCCUGAGGAUUCAUUCUGCUGAAGGAAGACAGAAAGCAUUUUCUACCUGUGCUUCCCACCUGACCUCCAUCACAAUAUUUUAUGGAACACACAUUUUUACAUACCUCCAGCCCAAGUCAAGCCAUUCUAUGAAUUUAGAUAAAUUUGCUUUGGUGUUUUUUGUGGUGGUGAUUCCCAUGUUAAACCCAUUGAUCUAUAGCUUGAGAAAUCAGGAAGUAAAAAAUGCGCUAAACAGAAUUAUAGAAAAAUUGUGUUUGGGUAUCAAAUAA